AUGUCGGAGCUGCUGUGGGCGAUGAUCUGCAACCCGGGCCAGCUGAUCGACGACCUCAGCCGAAAAUCGUGGAAGCUCGAGAACAUCUUCUACCAAGUCGCCACCGACGCCGCCGGGUACAAGCGAGCCGCCCUCGAACAUCCUGUCUUCUACGGCAAGGAAAUCCCAUUCUCACAAGAAGGCUUCGACGUGAAACCCGAAGACUUUAUGCGUGAAGUCUAUGAAGAACUUCGAGGUGCGAUGAGCGCCAAGCUCCUCAUCGCCCUCAUCCCAUCUAACGGCUCAGAAUACGUCGACGCCGUCGGGGAGAUCGUCACCUCGUGGGGUGAAAUCUUUGAAUCGCAGGGUAUGGAGCAGUACGCACAAUCGGUCGACCGACUCGUCCAGCAGCUGCGAACGCAGGAUGCGAUGCGUGGAGGAGUUGUCGGCAUCACCUGCCGCAGCCUUCGAGCUCUAAUGCCGCGGAUCGUCCCUGACGAAGUCGUCGCCCGCGUCGCCGACAUGGUCAUCGCCGCCCGAAAGAUGGCGAUGGAUGACUGGUCCGGCCCCACCUACUGGCAGCCGGCCGACUACGAGGAGGUUGAGACCGCUGUCGAGAUAGAUUCGGAAUCCGACGACGACUGCGAGGAGUUCGAAGAGGUAAAUCGGCGCGAGAUGCUGCGCAAUGUCUCUGCAAAACUGAAGGGCUUGCUUGAUGAUACACUGGCUCAAUGGGAAUUCGAACAGAAGACGCUCAAUUCUGACGUCAUCAUUGAGCAGGUCAUGCUCAGCAUCAAGGACGAUAGAGAGAUCGGCCCGAUUGAUUGGUACAGACUCCAAAAGGGGCUGAGAGCUGAAAUUGCUAAUGUCCAGCAGGAGAAGCUCAACGUUGACAAGCAGACCAAAGAUUCUGGUGACGUCAUGGACCAGGUCAAGCCGGCCGAGGAAGAAAAAGAGCGCAAGCCAGAAGUCGAGACAGCCGUCGAGUUCGAUUCGGAUUCGGACGACGACUCCGAGGAGCAGGAGGUGGCGGAUCGGCGCGAGAUGCUGCACAACGUCUUCGCGAAAUUGAAGGACAGGCUAUACGUUGCCCUCGCGCAAUGGGAAUUCGAGGGAAAGGCAAUGAAUUCUAACCGCAUCAUCGAGGAGGUCAUGCUCAUCGUCAAGGAUGAUGGCGAGAUCGACGCAAUCGAUAGGUACAUCUUCAAAAGCAGGCUGCGGACCGAAAUUGCUGCCGUAGAGCGGGAGAGGCAACGCGUUGCGGAGGAAUUCGAAUACGAGAUCACGGAGCCGAUCAAGGUGGGCGGUGUCGAAUCUACCGAGCUUCCCUGCAACAUCACCGACGAGGUCAUCGCCGACGUCAACAACGUCCAGGCCGAACCCGCAGUCGUCAAGGAACUCGAGGCCAUCGAGCUGCCCAUCGACAUCGGCGAGCAGCUCGUGCUCAUGGCCGACAAAGAGGUCGAGGUUGUGAAGCAGCUCAUGCUCAACAGCGAGAACCCGAUUGAAGAGCCGGAAGUCACCGAAAAAGUCAAUUUUGUGCCCAUCAAACCCCGCGGCCUCUUUGAUCAGCUACAAGAAGAGAUGAAGCGCGAGGUGCUAAACUUGCUGCCAAAGUUCCAGCCCCGCGAAGAGGAGCAACAAGCUCCAAAACGUCCCGGCCUUUUGGAGAUGGUGCGCGAGGAGAUGCGGAAGGCGUUCUGGGGUGAGGGAGACGAGCUGGUAGAUGAUCAGGAGGAAGAGGAAGAGGACGAGGAGGAUUUGAGCUAUGAUGAGGAGGACGAGGAAGAGCAGGAAGAUGAGGAGGAGGGCGAGUUCGGCGAUGAUGAGGACGAUGUGGAGAUGCCGGCUGAACUUGACGGUGAUGAGGAAGAGGAGGAAGAGGAGGAGGACAGCUCGGAAUCUGAGGACUCAGAAUUGGACGUGACCCAGGACUCGUUUGAGGCGGCGCUGCAGGUGGAGCUUGCAAUCCUGGAUUCGACCGACAUCGACCUGAUCAGCUCAGCCUCCGAGAAGGAGGUCGAGCCGCAGGGCGAAGUAGAGCCCGACUUCGUGAUGGUCAACCCAGAAGCCGAGCACGAGGUCCGGGUGCCGUUCAGCGUGCAAGAGGCUGAAGCUGCUCUCCAGGAGUAUGUGCGUCAGCUGAAGGAGCAGAAUUCGCUCCUCGAAGCGCGCUACAAUCAAGAGGAGCCCGAGCUCGAGAUCAGCGAGAGCAGCGCCGAUUCCGACCUGGAGGCCGAUUUUGCCGAUAUUGAGCGGCAAAUGGUCGAGAUCGAGCUGGAGCAGCAGAAGCUUGACGAGUUGGAGGCAAAGUUGCAGCGCUGCUUCACGAUUCCGGAUUGGACGGACGACUCGUUCGAGUCGGAGGAGUUUGAGGUCAAGUCGACGAUCACGGCCAUCGAGGGGACGUUCGAUGAAGAGGACGACAUCCCCGAGCUGGUCGACGCCGACUGGACCCCAGAAGUGGCCGACGUCGGCGAGGAGGGCUGGCGCGAGCGGAUCAGCGAGGCGAUCCGGGUGGCGAUGCGCUACAAGCUGGCGAUGGCGGCCAGGCCCCAGAUUCCGGGAAUUCCGCUGGCCAUCCCCGCCGAAGCUAUCGUCGAUUUUGAACAUUACGCCGUAGAUUUGGAGGCUCGACUGUUCAUGGAAGCCGACAACGAGUCCGACUACCUGGCACGCAUCGGCGGCAAGGCCUACUUCCUCGCCGAGGGCAUCGACACGGAGGCCGACCGGAUCCGCGAGCUCUACAACCUGCCCGAUCCGGUCUUCUGGAGAAAGGCAAAGGCCGCCCAGGAGUUGGAGGACGCCCGGUUGAGCUACGGCUACGAAAGCUCCGAGGUCAGCACCUCUGACGACAGCGAUUCCGAUGACAGCGAUUCUGAUGACAGCUAUUCCGAUGACAGCGAUUCUGACGACAGCGAGGCGUCGAGUUGCGGUGAGCACGACAAGGACCAAGAAGUUGAGGCACAACAAGCCCAAACCGCUCAAGGGCUCGAGGGCUUCGACCCGGACUGGGCCCACACUUUUUUUUGCGCCAUGAUGUUCCUCUUCAUCUUUGGCUCGCUGUUGUUCAUCGAGUGGACACGCCAGCGGGGCACGGCCUAC